UGUGCGGCUGCGCUGCGGAAUGACGUCAAUGCUCGCGCAGCUUCCGUUGUUGUUGAGGCAGAGACGGAGUGAGAGAGGAGAAGAGGUCGGAGUGUGUUAGAGAGCCUUGAAUUUGCUGUGAUAACAAGAUGAGACUCAGGAUUUGGCUGCCAGGAAUUAUUGGAAUUCUUGGAUUGAACCUUGGAGUGUUAUGCCAGGUCACACCUACUGCAAGUUCUGGUUCAGGUUGUAGCGAUCCCAGCAACAUCAACUGUGAGCAAUGUCUGAAAAAUGUUUCGUGUCUGUGGUGCAAUGACAACAAAAAAUGUGUUGACUACCCAGUGAGGACAAUCCUGCCACCAAAGAAAUUAUGUCCACUGUCUGAUGCACGAUGGGGUGUCUGUUGGGUGAACUUUGAAGCUUUGAUCAUUGCGAUGUCAGUGGUUGGUGGUAUCCUUAUCUUGUCGCUGUGUAUCUGCUGUUAUUGCUGCUGCUGCAGGAGUCGGAAAAGCAAGAAAAACAACAGCAUAGAUCAGAAAAUGGAAAGAGAAAAAGAGCAGAGGAGGAUGCGGCAAGAAGAAAGGAAAAGUGAAAUGAAAGUCAGACAUGAUGAAAUCCGGAAGAAAUAUGGUCUGUUCAAGGAACCAAAUUCUUACUCCAAAUUUGAAAACAACUAAUGCGAGUAAUGAAAACGACUCAGCGCCAAUCCAAGAAAGUCCAAAUGAAUAAUAUUCAAAUAGCUCAGUCUUUCAUUGUAUAUUGGUACUUAACUAACCUCUCCCUCAAAGUCCUAGGAGCAAUGAAAUCAAACCAGGUUUGUUUUUCUUCUCUGGGGAAGAGGGGCUUUUUUUAGACUUGUCAAGUUUUGGAUCAAAUGGUGUUUAAUCUUGUUGGCAGAAUAAUUUCUAAUCCUGUAUCUCAAAGAUUCUAGUAUUAACACUGGGGAGAUUGACACCAGCAGUUCAAGCAAAUGUUGCAGAUGGACCAAGCCACUGUUUCUAGAUGCCCUAAUUCAGUUUUUUAACCAAAAUAAACUCAAUGGAAAAAGACUCAUUUAAAUCAUUUAAUUGGAUGUUUCAAGUCGGAUGUAUGUCCAAUUCCAGAACCAAGUUGUGCCAUUCACUGUCUUGCCCCUUUCCAGUCCAUGUGCAAUGCAAGAUGGAAUAGACAUUUUUAUCUUUGCCUUCGAUCCAGCUGAUCAAUAGCUUCUGCAGACCAGCAGUGCCGAUGGAUCUGAGAAAGUUCUCUUCAUACAGCCACUUAAACCAAAGAGUGCAAGAAGUUAAAAAUGCUGCAUUUCCUAAUGGCUAUAUGGAUGAGAAAAAGGGGUAUGGAUGAGAACUCCAACCAGUGCCUUUGUCUUUAAUAGAAUGUUGUUUGAGCUAUUGAAGAGGCCGUGUUUGUUUUCUAUUUUGUUGCACUCUGUAGAAUGACCAACAUAUUGGUGUCACAUUGCUUUAUUGUCUGUGGGAAAGCUACAAAAGUAAAUUUUUUAACUGCUGAAUUCUAAUAAAAAAUUUUAAAAUGGGACCUGCAUUUUAAAUUUUAAACUGUAUGUGUCAUGAUAUGCUGGGAGAUGCAUGAUCUCAGGAAGGGUUUGUAUCAACACUUGCCCUAAUCAUGGUUAGCAAAAGCACAAUUUAUUCACCAGAGACAAAGCAAAUAUUGUUUCCAUUUGUGUGAUAGGCCAGAGGAGAGCUGGCCAUUACCCCAUUCUUGUUAUCACUAUAGUCGGACUUCGUAGUGCCACAAGAAAGUGUCUCCUACAAAACAGCUGAUUUCAAUGCUUAAAAGUUUCUGUAUGAGUCAUGGUAAUUAGGAAUAGCUGAGAGGUAUCCCAUACCUAUCUUAUCAGGGAGGAUAUUGGGGUUCAUUAGACCCUUGCUGAAAUGGACCCUAUGAAACACUCCUGAAGAAAAAUUAACCAAGCCAUCACUGAUCCAACCUUUUGUAGGAAAUGUUUGAACUAAAGUGAAAGGACAGGGUUCAUUGAGUGAGAAGGUGAUCAACCAUCUCUGAUUCAGAGAUCUUGGAUAGAUCAAGUGGAAUUGCAAGGCUCUUCACAGUGCACUCUUAAUCUUGACUCUAAAUUUGUAACUGGUCUGCAAUAAAAAUGUUCAAAUCAACAA